AUGGCAGUCUUAGUAACAAGUCUCAUUCCCAUCUGGAGAACAGCAAUGGAUGCUACCAUCACCAACAAGUGCCUUUCUUUGUGGUUUGGCUUCUUGUGCAUCCUUGUUAUCCUCUUCUUGCAGUUUCCUUUCACCAAACUGAAUGCUGACUUCACCUGUGAUAGCAUAAGAAACAGCAUCUGCACAAAGGCCUGGUUUAACAAACAGUUCCAAAAACCCAUGUUGGUAGCCUGGAAUUUUAUUUUCUUCUUGGUUGUCAUCUCUGUCUUGCUCAUGGAGCUGUUCACUUCCCACUUUCGGUCAAUGGCCUCAAAGAAGAGCUCCCAGAUGUAGGCAGACGUGGAACUGGAGGGUCUGUAAGAGGAGGAGCCUCGGGUUGUGGCUAAAGACCCCAAUGGCAGGAUAUUUUUAGAUCUCCACAAAGACAGGGGCUCUGUGGGUGUUUACCCGCUCAGCAUUGUUCUGCAUAUUCUGAUUAAAGCCUGGUUUGUGUAUGUUCUACUUUACUGGAAUCUUCCAACACUGAGCAAUGCUCCAUACAAAUGCAAUGCAAAAAUCUGCCCACAGCUGCAUGUGUGUGUUGUUAGGGCGGCACCAGAGAAACACAUGUCUUUUUAUGCCUUGGCCUCUAUCUCUGUUAUGAUUAUUGUAUGUUCAGUCUGA